GCUGUGCUUCCCGGCGGGGGAGGCCGUGCGGGACCGGGAAGGGCUCUCGGGGUUAAUUUCCACUCCCUGCCCUGGGUAGGGAUGGCAUUUCCACUGGAUGCCCUCCACGAGAUCACGCUGCUCUGUCCAGCCUGGCCUUGGGCACGGCCAGGGAUCCAGGGGCGGCCGAGCUUCUCUGGGCACCCUGUGCCAUGGCCUGCUCACCCUCACAAGGAAGAUUCCUUAUGGAUAUCCCGUCCAUCCCUGCCCUCCCCAGUGGGAGCCAUUCCCCGUGUGGAAUCCCAGCACGGUUCGGGUCAGGAGGUGCCUGUAGCCCCCACAGUUCCCCCCUGUGGCUGAGUGGGGGGGCCGAGGUGGGGUCGGGACAAAGCCAGGUGUGUGUCCUGGUGCCAAGGUGGCCUGUGCUGUCCCCAGACCGUGCCCGGGACACGCUGACCAACGAGACAGUGGCACUGAAGAAGGUGCGGAUGGACAACGAGAAGGAUGGAAUGCCCAUCAGCAGCCUGCGGGAGAUCACCCUGCUCCUGCAGCUCCAGCACCCCAACAUUGUGGAGCUGAAGGACGUGGUUGUGGGAAACCACCUGGAGAGCAUUUUCCUGGUGAUGGGAUACUGCGAGCAGGACCUGGCCAGUCUCCUGGAGAACAUGCAAACGCCCUUCUCAGAGGCUCAGGUGAAGUGCAUCAUCCUGCAGGUGCUCAAGGGCCUGCAGUACCUCCAUGAGAACUACAUCAUCCACAGGGACCUGAAGGUCUCCAACCUGCUGAUGACCGACAAGGGCUGUGUGAAGAUAGCUGAUUUCGGCCUGGCACGCACCUAUGGGAUGCCCCCUAAGCCCAUGACCCCCAAAGUGGUGACCCUGUGGUACCGCGCACCAGAGCUGCUGCUGGGCAUGACCACCCAGACCACCAGCAUUGACAUGUGGGCUGCUGGCUGCAUCCUGGCCGAGCUGCUGGCACACAAACCACUGCUGCCAGGCACCUCUGAGAUCCACCAAAUCGACCUUAUCGUGCAGCUCCUGGGGACACCCAACGAGAACAUCUGGCCCGGGUUCUCCAAGCUGCCCCUGGCCACGCAGUACACCCUGCGCAAGCAGCCCUACAACAACCUCAAGCACAGGUUUCCCUGGCUCUCGGAGGCUGGGCUGCGACUGCUCAACUUCCUCUUCAUGUAUGACCCCAAGAAAAGGGCCACGGCCAAGGACUGCCUGGAGAGUUCCUACUUCAAGGAGAAGCCCUUGCCCUGUGAGCCGGAGCUGAUGCCCACCUUCCCACACCACCGGAACAAGCGGGCGGCCAGCACGGCCGGGGAGAGCCAGGCCAAGCGCAGCAAGCCCUGAGCUGUGCCCUGGAAUGGGCCUGAUGUGUCCUGGCUGAGGGGGAUUCUCUCAGCCCAACAGUCCCAGCGCCAUGGGGACGGCUCCUCCAUCCAUCUGCCCCUGCAGGACAGGGCAGGCUCCAGUCUGCAGCUGGGCAUGCAGGGCCCCAGAGAGAGGAGAGAUGGGGCCCAGGGCUGCCCAGGCUUGGCAGGGUCAGGUUUGUCCCAGGCAGGUCCUGGUUUGUGCUGUCUGUGGGGGGAACCCCGACUCUGCCAUUAAUAAAAGCAUCUGGCAGUGGCAACAUUA